CGGAUUGCGCGGGGGGGAGCCGCAGUGCCAGCCCCCGAGAUGCCCUAAUUCCUCCGCCGCCGACUCAGAUCUGCGCUGCCCUCGGAGGUGGCGAGCAGUUCGGCGGACGCUCCUGGCCCCUCCUCUCCCAGCUCGCUUACACCUCGGCGCCCCCCCGCCUCAGCUCAUCCACCGCCCCCCCUCCGCUCGCCCGCCUGACGGAGAAGAUGCCUUUUGAAUACACGAUGAACUGAAAGGGGGCUGAGCGGCAGCAGCGGCGGCGGCGGCAGCGGAGAAGGGAAAGGCUCUGCUCCGCACUGCAGCGGCGCGCGAGGCAGGCGCGGGGAGCCCAGGCAAGCGAGGCUCGGACGAGGCAGCCCCGGCGGGCGCCAUGCUGAACAACCUGACGGACUGCGAGGACGGCGACGGGGGCGCCAGCCAAGGCGAUGGAAACCCCAAGGAGAGCAGCCCUUUCAUCAACAGCACAGACCUGGAGAAGGGGAAGGAAUAUGACGGGAAAAACAUGGCCUUGUUUGAGGAGGAAAUGGACACCAUCCCCAUGGUGUCGUCCAUGCUCAGCGGCCUGGCCAACUACACCAACCUGCCUCAGGGCAGCCGGGAGCACGAGGAGGCGGAGAACAACGAGGGAGCCAAGAAGAAGCCCGUCAAGGCUCCCCAGAUGGGCACCUUCAUGGGCGUGUACCUGCCAUGCCUGCAGAACAUCUUCGGCGUCAUCCUCUUCCUCCGCCUGACGUGGGUCGUUGGCAUUGCGGGCAUCAUGGAGUCCUUCUGCAUGGUCGUCCUCUGCUGCUCCUGCACGAUGCUGACAGCCAUUUCCAUGAGUGCCAUUGCCACCAAUGGAGUCGUGCCAGCUGGCGGGUCGUACUACAUGAUCUCCCGCUCGCUCGGCCCUGAGUUUGGGGGUGCUGUGGGGCUCUGCUUCUACCUGGGCACCACUUUUGCAGGUGCCAUGUACAUCCUGGGCACCAUCGAGAUUCUGCUGGCCUACAUCUUCCCCCCGAUGGCCAUCUUCAAGGCCGAGGACGCCAGUGGAGAAGCGGCUGCCAUGCUCAACAACAUGCGUGUCUACGGGACGUGUGUGCUCACCUGCAUGGCCACCGUGGUCUUUGUGGGCGUCAAGUACGUCAACAAGUUUGCCCUGGUCUUCCUGGGCUGCGUCAUCCUCUCCAUCCUGGCCAUCUACGCCGGAGUCAUCAAGUCGGCCUUUGACCCACCCAGCUUCCCGAUCUGCCUGCUGGGCAACCGGACUCUGUCCCGCGACGGCUUUGACACCUGCACCAAGGUGGUCCAGGAGGGCAACGAGACCAUCGGCUCCCAGCUCUGGGGGCUCUUCUGCUCCUCCCGCUUCCUCAACGCCUCCUGCGACGAGUACUUCGCCCUCAACAACGUCACCGAGAUCCAGGGCAUCCCGGGAGCUGCUUCCGGCCUCAUCCAAGAAAACCUCUGGAGCACCUACUUGCCCAAAGGGGUGAUCAUUGAGAAGUCUGGGUUGACCUCGGCGGCCCCUGCAGAUGCCCUCCUGGACAUGGACCAGCCCUACGUCUUCAGCGACAUGACCUCCUACUUCACCCUCCUGGUGGGCAUCUACUUCCCCUCAGUCACAGGGAUCAUGGCUGGUUCCAACAGGUCUGGAGACCUGCGUGAUGCUCAGAAGUCCAUCCCCACGGGCACCAUCCUCGCCAUCGCCACCACGUCCGCAGUCUACAUCAGCUCCGUCAUCCUCUUUGGCGCUUGCAUCGAGGGCGUCGUGCUCCGGGACAAGUUUGGCGAGGCCGUGAGCGGGAACCUGGUGGUGGGCACCCUGGCCUGGCCCUCCCCCUGGGUCAUUGUCUUCGGGUCCUUCUUCUCCACCUGCGGAGCUGGGCUGCAGAGCCUGACGGGGGCCCCUCGCCUGCUGCAGGCCAUCUCUCGCGACGGCAUCGUCCCCUUCCUGCGGGUCUUUGGGCACGGCAAGGCCAACGGGGAACCCACCUGGGCCCUCCUGCUCACCGCCUGCAUCUGCGAAAUAGGCAUCCUCAUUGCCUCCCUGGACGAGGUGGCCCCAAUCCUCUCCAUGUUCUUCCUGAUGUGCUACAUGUUCGUCAACCUGGCCUGCGCGGUGCAGACGCUGCUGAGGACCCCAAACUGGCGGCCGCGGUUUCGGUAUUACCACUGGACCCUCUCCUUCCUGGGCAUGAGCCUCUGCCUGGCCCUGAUGUUCAUCUGCUCCUGGUACUAUGCGCUGGUGGCCAUGCUGAUUGCAGGACUCAUCUACAAAUACAUCGAAUAUCGAGGAGCGGAGAAGGAGUGGGGCGAUGGGAUCCGGGGCCUGUCCCUCAGCGCGGCCCGUUAUGCCCUCUUGCGGCUGGAGGAAGGGCCGCCCCAUACGAAGAACUGGAGGCCGCAGCUGCUGGUGCUUGUCCGCGUGGAUCAGGACCAGAACGUGGCCCACCCGCAGCUGCUCUCCUUCAUCAACCAGCUGAAGGCCGGCAAGGGGCUGACCAUCGUGGGCUCCGUGUUGGAGGGCACCUUCCUGGACAACCAUGCUCAGGUCCAGCGGGCAGAGGAGUCCAUCCGGCGGCUGAUGGAGGCGGAGAAGGUGAAGGGCUUCUGCCAGGUGGUGACGUCGACCUCAGUGCGCGACGGCAUGUCCCAUCUGAUCCAGUCCAGCGGUCUGGGGGGGCUGCAGCACAACAGCGUCCUGGUCGGCUGGCCUCGCAACUGGCGCAGCAAGGAGGACCACCAGACCUGGAGGAACUUCAUUGAGCUCGUGCGAGAGACCACCGCUGGGCACAUGGCGCUCCUGGUGGCCAAGAACCUGGCCAUGUUCCCGGCCAACUCGGAACGCUUCUCGGAGGGCCACAUCGACGUCUGGUGGAUCGUGCACGACGGAGGGAUGUUGAUGCUGCUGCCCUUCCUGCUGCGUCAACACAAGGUUUGGCGCAAGUGCAAGAUGCGGAUCUUCACCGUGGCCCAGAUGGACGACAACAGCAUCCAGAUGAAGAAGGACCUGACGACUUUCCUGUACCACCUGCGCAUCACAGCCGAGGUGGAAGUGGUGGAGAUGCACGAGAGUGACAUCUCCGCCUACACCUACGAGAAGACCUUGGUGAUGGAGCAGCGCUCCCAGAUCCUCAAGCAGAUGCACCUCACCAAGACGGAGAGGGAGCGCGAGAUCCAGAGCAUCACGGACGAGUCGCGUGGCUCCAUCCGCCGCAAGAACCCCACCAACACGCGCUUGCGCCUCAAUGUCCCAGAUGAGCAGGUGGGCGACAACGAGGAGAAGCCGGAAGAAGAGGUGCAGCUCAUCCAUGACAAAAACGCCACCAGCGGCUCCCCGUCUCCGGGGGACGAAACGGAGGCGGAGGCGGAGCCAGAGGCCGCCCCGGAGAAGGUGCACCUCACCUGGACGAAAGACAAGCUGGCCGAGAAGAACAAGGGCAAGAGUCCCGUCAGCCCCGAGAGCAUCAAGGACUUCUUCAGCAUGAAGCCGGAGUGGGAGACCCUGAACCAGUCCAACGUCCGGCGGAUGCACACCGCCAUCCGCCUCAACGAGGCCAUCGUGAAGAAGUCCCAGGACGCCAAGCUGGUGCUGCUCAACAUGCCAGGGCCCCCCCGGAACCGCAAGGGGGACGAGAACUACAUGGAGUUCCUGGAAGUCUUGACGGAGCACCUGGACCGGGUCUUGCUGGUGCGCGGUGGCGGCCGAGAGGUCAUCACCAUUUACUCCUGAGAAGCUGGCCGAGGCCGUUGCCCGGAGGUUUGUGCCCCGCCUGAGAGCCCCGCCUGCCCCUUUCCGCACCCAUCUCUCCCGGAGAGCCAGCAGGGAGGGUCCGCCGCCCAACGCCGCUCCACUCGUCUCUCCGCACGUGAACUGCAGCGCCAGGCGCACCCAUCCAAACACCGCGGCCGCCAGCUCCCGCCCAGCGGCACGGCUGCUACCGCUGACCCAUAGAUCGACCUCGGCUCUAGGCCGGUGCUCGCCGUGGGGCGGAGGGCGGCCGCCGGCAGCUAAGUGACUUCCCCGGGAGGCCGGAGACUCAGACGCGCCGAGCCCCUUGCCCUGUUCCUGCCUGCUUUUCUAUCGUUGCCUUUUGUCGGGUGUGCUCCUUGCUCCCCCCGCCCCGUCCCCCCUAUCCAGCCCCCCAGGUGGGGAGAGGGCACCAGCCAAGGCCACCAGCGUGCUUCUUCCCUUGCCAGUGCUGGACUCUCCCCUCCCUGCCCUCCUAAGACAAGCCCCCUCUUGGGGACCAAAGCAAUGGGGCUGGGCAGCUAUCGUAGAAUCGUAGAAUUGUAGAAUUGGAAGGGACCCCUGGGGUCAUCUAGUCCAACCCCCUGCCCUCCUGCUUUGCCCUUUUUGCCCAGGAGGGCCUGGCAACUACUGCUGACCCCCUGCAGGCUGCCUGGGCUUAGAAUGGCAGAGCUGUCGAGUGGGAAAGGGGGUCAUCUUGUGUCCUGUCGCCCCUCCAAACCCGCCAACCAUUUUGCACUUUGCUCUUCCCGUCCGGCCCCGAGGGACACUGGGCCGCAGAGAUGGGUCUGUCUGCCCCGUCUCGGACGGAGAAGCCACGCCUUUUGGGGUCCGCGUUUCCUCCUUCCUGCCAAAAGGGGCGGGAGAGGAGACAGGACAGACCCCACCGGGGCCCCUGCAAGACCACAGCCCCUUUGCACUUUAGGACUGGCUUUCCCAGCCCACGGGGCUGGGCUGCCAGGUGACACCCCCCCAGGGGCCACAGUGGGGGCGGGGGCCCCUCUCGCCACCCUCCUGCUUCUGUGGCCCCUUCCUCGCCCGCUGACAUUCCCCAAAUGCCCCGUAUGGGACGGCAGUCUCUCCCUUGGGGGAGGAAGGUUGCCUCAGCCGGAUGCACUUAAUGCCCCCCCCCGCCCUCCUGCAUGCCCCCCCCCCCGGUUCUCAUCUGGCUCAACAAAGGGCUAAGAUGCUUUGGGGGGGAUUCUGUUUCCCCCCAUCCUAGAAUCACAGUGUUUGAAAUGGGACCCCAGGGGUCAUCUAGUCCAACCCCCUGCAAUGCAGGAAUUGCAACAACGAAGCCUCCCUCCCUUGCCUCCCCCCGAAACGUGUGAUGCAGCCCCUCCCUCUCCCCCUCCCCCCCCAGUGUCCGCUGUGGGGCUUUUAACCAAUGUGAAUACUCCUCCGUAGCCAGAGGGACAUCGCUCUGCCUGAUAUGGGGCUGUAUAUAUUGUAAAUAGCACAGGACAUGUAUUUUUAAAGGGGUCGUAUUUAUGUGGGGGGG